AUUCUUUCAACAAACACACUCUUUUCAUCCUACGGAUGCUAUCCCGCCCCCCAACUUCGUUCUUGGCAAUUGUCUUCGCGUCUCUUUCGGUUGCUCAUGCUCUUAACCUCGACAUUCGCGUCCGUUCCACUUUCAGUCAACACGCUCUUUAUGCACGCGACAACAACUCCAUAAUUCCAGUGGCUAAUACUCGCAACGCGGAAUAUAUUGCGAACAUCACCCUAGGGGGACGGGAAAUCCCUGUCCUCCUCGACACGGGCAGUUCCGACCUAUGGGUUACGGGCCAAGUACCAAAUACGACAGAUUUGGGAAAGUCUGUGUCAGUAAGUUACGCGGUUGGACAAGCAUCUGGUGAUGUCAACGCCGCUGACUUGGUUUUUGCUGGCUACCAAGUAUCUCAGCAGGCCUAUUUGUUGGUGAACGAUACUGCAUCGUUCUCUGUAAACAUCGAGUCGGAAGGCUUUGAGGGCCUUAUAGGGCUCGGUCCCAAUUCUGGCUCCGUCAUUCUCGACAAGCUGGACAGUGAUUCGGGAAACAGUAUCCUCAACCGCAUCUUCUCGCAGAACACCACAUCUGCCAACUAUCUUACGCUCCUCUUAGGUCGCGAGUCGCCCGUCAACCAAUCCUUCACGGGCCAGUUGACAAUCUCCGAAAUUGUUCCUGGCUUUGAACAAAUUGAGCAGAUGCCUAAGCUGACAGUCGAGACUGUCGAACGUCUCACGGACGAAGAUCAACACUGGCAAACGUACACUGACGCGAACGGUGUCAUUGGUCCAGAUGGCCAACCCAUUGCAGUCGACUCCAUCGUACCCAAAGCACCUGACAAUCAGCUUAUCGUCGUAUUCGACUCUGGAUACACACUUCCUCAAGUGCCCCGCGCUAUGUCUGACAUGAUCUACGGUCGUGUCCAAGGUGCUCAGUACGACGAAACUGCCGGCGUCUGGCUUGUUCCCUGCGACCAGCUGCUCAACCUCAGCUUUAUGUUUGGUGGUGUCGAGUACCCUAUUCAUCCACUUGAUCUCGUCAGCAGCGACUUCAACAUGGUCGACGCCACAGGCAAUCCCAUUUGCGUCGGCACGUUUCAGCCCAUUACCACUGCCUUCAGUUUGCUCGGAGAAUACGACAUUAUCCUCGGCAUGGCUUUCUUGCGUAACACUUACACCCUGUUCGACUAUGGCGACUGGGUCGAGGAGUCUUCUAACGACAGGGAGGAUCCCUAUAUCCAGCUACUGUCCAUCACCAACAAGACGCAAGCCCACGAGGAGUUCGUGCAAGUGCGCAUGAAUGGCGUUGACACCUCAAACAGCACAUCGGAACAGCUCCUACCGGUUUCCGAGAUGCAGCACUCGCCUGUCUCUGCGGCAGAAAAGAAACAAAUGUAUGAGGAAGAGGUACUUAGUCGCUGGCCCGAGAUUCUCGUCGGCUGCCUCGCCUUCGUGCUGAUCGUCAUCGGCAUUAUCACCUGGCGCUGCUGCGUUGCUCGCCGUCGCCGUCGUGCCCGUCAAGCGCAGCAAGCUGCUGCCAUGGGGAUCAAUGCGAAGGCCAGUCCGGAUCAACCCACGUACAAGAUCAUCAGCGCCCAGUCGUCGAACGUCGACAUGCACGAGAUGAGCAUGAAGAGCCCGUACGACUCGCCGUACGAGUACAAGGCGAACGAGGUAUGAAGAAGGCAUGUAUGUCGCGGUUUGAUCAUUCCGGGUUUCACGGACUCUGCAGACUCUUGUUUUACCACGCGCAAUUUUUUUAUACUUAUGCAUUCAGUCAUUUCCAAUCUAUGUCGCCUCUCGAAUGUCACCCUGUAUUGUAGAUGCGGUGAUAAUACCACUGGCGGGAUAUCCGUCUGUUGUGC